CGUAGCGCCACUUGAGAGAAAUUGCGCUAAGUCUUUGUGGAGAUUGAAUGAAUGGAGGAGGACCGACGGUGGCUGAGAGAAAGCCGUGAGACCAGGCGCCGGAAAACACGCAUUCAGCUAUAGCGACACGUUUAAAGUUAUUUAAAAAAGGGGGGAAAUCAACAGAGCUGCGACUUUAAAUGCCCCGAAGAAGAUUCGUCCUAGUAAUCUCAUUCCCGCACCGACCAAGCUUCACCAGCAGAGGAUUUUUUCUUCUGUGGACGUCGAGAAGAUUUCCUUCUGCACGCGUGCACGCAGCAACAGGUCAUUUACCGCUAAGCUGUGCAUCCAACCUGCAGCUGCACCCCACAGUGCUCUUUAGAUCCGUGGUAACUUUUCGUCAAGGGAUGCGUUUUUGCCACUCUUUGCAGUGCGUUCAAUGUAAUACAAGCUGCAGCAUUGUGCUCGUCGCCGACCUGAUCAUACAGCUCGAGCGCACUGCUCUUUAGUUUCAUACUGGGAGCCACGAGGAAAACAAUGAAAAAUGGCAUAGUGGAUGGUGCUUUGUAGACAUUCGUGGCUGAUCUCAUACGACAGAUAGACCUGCGAGGACCUGGUGUUUGUGCAGCGGGUGCUUGGUUGGUUCUUUUCUUCCUUUAUUUUUUCUUUUUCCAACAAGGAUCGCUUGCGUAGAUGGUGCCAAACAAGUGGACCAUGAGUUCAGUUCUACACAAGUCGCCUCCAAGGAGCUGGCUCGGGCUCAGAUUACGACUGAAUGAUAAGCCGGUCCAGGAGGAGGACUGGGUGGUGUGCCAGCAUCCUGAGUGUCCUGACCGCCGGAGGGCCUCAAAGGUCUGCCACCACCCAGACUGCCAAGACCUGAACAGCAAAAGCCCACUUCACCUCUGUGAGUCAUGUGACUCACGAUGCCAUUCAGAGAACACAGACAACAUGCACUUUGACCGACACCCUCGUUUUAACUUACAACCUCAAGCCUCCAUCCUGGCUCGAAACGUGUCCACACGCUCCUGUCCCCCACUCACCAGCGCCCCCCCUCAUCUGGAAGAAGGGAAUGAGGGGAGCAAUGACCACGGGGAGUGUAAAACAGUGGGGAUGAAGUUAGGCAAAAAAGGACGGAGACGACACACUGAUAACCCCAUGGAGUACUUCAGCCUGAAGUUUGACCUCAGUGUGGACAUCAACACAGAAAUUGUACCUGCUAUGAAAAAGAAGACACUGAGAGAGGUUCUAGAUCCAGUGUUCGAGAGGAUCGGCAUCGAGUUGUCAAGGGUUGACCUGUUCCUGGAUCAGUCCAACACGCCACUGUUCCUCCACUUCGAGGCCUAUCGUUUUGGAGGACACUACCUCAAAGUUAAAGCUCGUCCAGGGGAUGAGCUGAAGGUCGAGCAGGGUGUGAAGGACAUGCGCUCGCUCAGCCUGCCCAACAUGAAACCCUCUGGAGGUCAGAGCCCCUACAUCCUGACCCCUGGCAACGAGAAGGUGGCACAUGAAUCCCUGGGACGCCGUGAAAGCAUUGAUCUGUUGGGUCAAGCGCGGCGAAGGAAGAACAUGACAGAGUUCCUGGGGGAGACCAACAUCCCGACUCCGGAUUCUCUGGGACAGCUGGGUGGAUCUCUGCCCAGCGUCGGGGCCGGAUCGGACAGCUGGAAGAACCGCAUCAGCAUCUUUUUCAAUCCCACUCCUGGACCUGGGGCCUUUGGCAAGGAGGUGGAUCGUCUGGAGCAGCUCCAGAGCAAGCUCCACUCCUACAACCUGUUCGGGCCGCCCAAGGUGCCACGCGAGCUUUCCUUCCACCAGGACUCCUGGGAGGGGGAGGAGACCAACCUGGUCCUGGAGGACACAUGGCAGAUGUUGAUGGACGACUCAGAGAUGUUGACCAAAAAACGGUCCCAACAGCAGGAAGCAAUUUGGGAGCUGCUGCACACAGAAGCCACCUACAUAAAGAAACUUCGAGUCAUCACUGAUUUGUUCCUGAGCGGGCUGCUGAACCUGCAGGAGAGCGGCCUGCUGAAGGAGGUGGAGCCCUUCAAACUGUUCAGCAACAUCCAGGAGAUCGUCUGCCUCCACACCUCUCUGUGGAACCAGGUCAUGCUGCCUGUCCUGGACAAGGCCAGGAAGGCCCGGGCCACCCUCGACCCCACACACCUCCAUGACGGCUUCAUGACGUUUGGCUCCAGGUUCCAGCCCUACAUCCAUUACUGCAUGGAGGAGGAGGGCAGCAUGGAGUACAUGCGCACGCUUCUCAGGGACAAUGAGCUCUUCAGGACGUACGUUGCGUGGGCGGAGACCAAUAAGCAGUGCAACCGUCUGAAGCUGGCUGACAUGUUGGCAAAGCCUCAUCAGCGACUGACCAAAUAUCCUCUUCUGCUGAAGAGCAUCCUGAAGAGGACCGACGAGCCUGUAGCCCGCGAGAUUGUCAGCAGCAUGUUAAGCUCAGUGGAGGGCUUCAUCAACAGCGUGGACUCCCAGAUGCGACAGCGUCAGGAGCGGCAGAAGCUGGCCACCAUCUCUGCCCGUAUAGACUCCUACGAGGCUGUGGAGGGCAGCAGUGAGGAAGUGGAGAAGAUUCUCAAAGAUUACAGCCGCUUUGAUCUGAUGGCUCCCAUGAGAGGAACCUCACCGGAGGAGACUCGACAGCUGCAUCUCGAGGGAGCACUGCGGAUGAAAGAGGGCAAAGACAGCAGGAUGGAGGUUUACUGCUUUCUGUUUACUGACCUGCUGCUGAUCACCAAACCGGUGAAAAGAGUGGAAAAGGUUAAAAUUAUUCGCCAGCCUCUUCUUAUCCACAAUGUCAUCUGUAAGGAGCUCAAGGAUCCUGGCUCAUUCAUCCUGAUCUACCUCAAUGAGUUCAAGAGGUGCAGUGCCUGUGCCGUGUGCAUCUGUUCCAUGUCCAACAGCGCCUCCCAGGGGAGAAGCUGGGUGUGUGUAUGCAAUCCAUGCGAACGUUCAGAAACCAGCUUGCAGAGACUUCGCUCUGAGGAGGACCUCCGGCAGCUGGAUAUUCAAAUGAGACCUAUAGAGCCUGAAGAAGAGGAUGAGAGCAGCAACUCCACGACAAGUUCCCCGGUCUUGCAGCGCAAUAAGGAGCUGAAUUCAAGCCAAUCAGAUGGUUCCACUGAGACUCUGUCGGUGAUGGAUGCUGAUGAGCCGGUGAAGCACCAGCAGCCAUCUACCUCCAACACAAACCUCGAGGAAAGCGCUGUCCAAGAAAGGUGCAAGUUUCAGCUGCCCACCCUCAUAGUCCACCCUGUUGACUUAGAGCUCAAUCAGCAGGUGGGGCUGGAUGCUGAGGAGCUGGACCUCCAGCGCCGGUCUCUCUCCAUGGACAGCGCUUAUGGUACCCUCUCCCCUGAAUCCUCUCUGCGAGAGCUGCAACCACAGCCCAGACAGAGCGAAGAAGAAGAAGAAGAAGAGACCGAGGAGGAAGAGUUUGACCAGGAGGGUCAAGAGGAGGAGCUUGUAGAGGAAGAAACAGAAGAGGUGGAAGAAGAUGAGGAGGAAGAGGAGGAGGAAGAGGAGGAGGAUGCAUCUCUUGGUUCCCAGCUGUCAGUGGUCCAGUUGUCCAAACCUCGCCGACGGCCGCACGUUCGGUCAAGACUCAACUGCCUGCAGAGGCUUUCCACUCUGACUUUAUCCCGCUCUGAGGACAACCUCCUCCAGCGCGUCCAUGAGAAAAACCCCGUCGCCCACGAAACGCACUCGCUCCCCUCUGAGACCCAGGAAUCUCAGAGCGGGGAUACGGACACGUCCUCCUCGCUGGCACACAGUAAGAGCCUGUCAGAGCUGCACCAGGAUGGCAUGGAACUGUAUUCCAGUGACCUCAACCAGUCAGAAGACAGCCUGAGCAUGAGUGCACCCGCUGACAGACUCCGAGCUGACCUGAACAAGGCCGGGGCGUGGCACUGCCACACAGCGCCUCCCACGCCACGCGAGGGGAACGAGUUUCUGAGCAGCGACUCAGACGGGGUAACGCUUCCAUUGGGCUGCUUGGAGAAGAAAAGCAAGUCGGUGGAACCGACGCCCAAAAAGAGGAAAACUCCAACCCAACAGCACAAGAAGCUGACAGUAGCUCAGCUGUACAGGAUACGCACCACUCUGGUCCUCAACUCCACACUGACGGCAUCGGAGGUGUAACGGCAGAACGGUAAUAUGGACAUCGCGAGGAACAACUUUUCUUCUGAGGGUGGACUGAUUUGCUUGAGACACAGAUGCACUCUUUUCGUUAUGCCCUCUCCCUUCCUGUUGGACAUUGGCUUCUCCAUUUUUCCUUUACAACAUCAACAACCCUUUCUUUUUUUCUGCUCUUGUAUUAGUUUCUGUAUUUCUAAUGUGGAAGGGAGAGGCAGAGAGACAUUAACUGCUGCACUUUGCAACGGAAGUAGCAUUAUUUGGGGGUUGGGUGGGGGUGCAGGAGGGUGGAUUUGACUCUCAUCCAGGUGGAGGUUCUGACCCAACCCUCCCUGCACUCCACACAGGAGGAGCCGAAUGCUUCGCUUCCUCUCGAUCAUGAGUCG